AUUGUUAUUUUUAGAUGCGUCGGGUUCUUCUCUACCUGUGCGCCCUCUCCUUCGUCCUCGUGCAGUGCGAGGCGGGAGGGCCUCUUGGAGCCCCCAUUGCAGCUCUUAUGAUUUCGGGGAUGAUUGCGUUGAAGGGAGCAGCAAUCAUAGGCCUCCUCAUCUCCGGGCUGGUUGAUGACGAAGACUACAGAGACUACGGCGACACCGCGGGCAACGAAGAAGGCGGAGGCGACAACGCCACCGCCACGGCGCCCGAGAGACGAUGGUACAGGAAGAGGCGCUCCGCCCAAGACAUCUCCGCGACGGAAUCCCACCUCCUGUCGGUCAUCAGCCGGCUGGACACCCACGGUUGCAUCCUCAAGACGAUGUGCUACCUGCAGGAGGGGGAGUCCCCGGACACUCUCACGACGGAGGAGAGCGUCCUGGUUGACCUUCUGUCCAACGCGGUGACGACGUUCUCGAAGGAGGUCAACGCCACGGUUCUUCUGUCCACGGGAGGAAUUGGCGCGACGUUCUACGAAGGCGACUGCGACUCGCUCUUCAGUAGAUGUCCGUACGGGAAAGAGCUCUUGAGAGGUUUCCUGCGGCAGGCGUGGGGGUGCGGCAUCAUCUCGGUCUGAAAGGAGAGGGAGAGGGAGGGAGGCUGUUGUGCUGCUUUAUGAUUUCUAUUGCACGUGUAAAAUCGUGGGAUUAAGUUGGUAAUUAUCAGCUCCUUUGGCUAUUUUCUAGCUCUCACCUGAGACUUAUGUUCAAUCUUUAAUUUAUUGUUAUCAUUGCUAUCAUAAGGUCUUCAUUCUCCUCGCCAUUAUCAUUAUCAUCAUUAAUAUUAUUAUCAUUAUUAUCAUUACUUUCAUCAUUAUGAUUAUAAUAAUUAUCAUCAAAAUUACUUCUCUGUCUAUCAUCAUUACUAUUUCUAAAAGAUAUCACCAGGAUCUCUGUUAAGAUUUAG